AUGGCGGCGGCGUGCGUGCUGAGCGUUGGUCCCAGGGUCCCAGGGGGCGGCGCGCGCGUGGCCGGGGAAGGUAUCUGCCCCGGGAGACCGCCUCCUCCGGGCAGUGGUGGCCGUGGGGUCCCCUCCAAGCCCUUCAGAGAGCGUCGUGGGACUGAGAUUGGGGCGAGAUCAAUCAGACUAAGGAUCCCGAAGAGAAAGGAAGAACAACUUAACUUGUGAUUCUUAGAUUCCAUCUGAAUGUACACUUCAAAACUGAAGGUUGUGCACUGGUAGAGGAAACACAGGAGACCAAGAAGCAGCCAGGCUCCUUUGCCUCUCCUAUCCCCCUCACUCCUCCUCUCACAGGAGGCAAGGCACGUUCAGAGGAAGUGAGUGCAGAGCGAAAGGCAGAUAAAGAUCCAGACUCACACCUGGACCUGGAAGGAACUCCUGGUUCAGCAAGUGUGCUCCCUGGAGCACCAUCAGGUUUCCAAUGCUCACCCAGGCCCCAAGCCCCGUCAUUCGGCACACGGACAGUGUGGACUACACCGUGAACUCUGGUGGAUCCCACCUGAGUACCAGCACAGUGGCCAUGGUCACCGUCAACAGCAGCAGUGCAGCCAGGAGUGCCUGCAGCAGCACCAGUGCUCGGCCAGCCAGCUCCACAGACAUGCAAAUAUGCUUCCAAAAGAAGCAGGACACAGUGAAGAAAAGGGUCAUCUGGGGCAUUGAGGUGACCGAGGAGCUGCAUUGGAAAGGCUGGGAGCUAGGAAAGGAGACCACAAGGAACCUGGUUCUGAAAAAUCUAUCCUUGAAAAUCCAGAAGAUGACAUACAGGCCCCCCAAGACCAAGUUCUUCUUCACAGUCAUCCCUCAGCCCAUCUUCCUGAGCCCGGGCAUAACCCUCACCCUCCCCAUCAUCUUCCGGCCUCUAGAGCAGAAGGAGUACGUGGACCAAGUGUGGUUUGAGAAGGCAGAGGGGAUGUUCUGUGUGGACCUGCGAGCCACACUGCCUUACCAUGAGCUGAACUGCCCACCGUUGCUGCAGCUGCCCAUGUGUGCCGUCGGGGACACAGCUGAAGCCUGGUUCUGCCUGGACAAUAUGGGGGACCUGCCGACCUUCUUCAGCUGGGAGGUCCCCAGCCCAUUCCAGAUCCUGCCCACCACAGGGCUACUGGAGCCGGGCCUAGCCUGUCGGAUCAAGGUGACCUUUCAGCCCAUUACAGCUGUCAUCCACGAAGUUCAGGCCACAUGUUGGUACGGGGAGGGCAACCAGCAGAAGAGCACCAUCCAGCUGCAGGCUGUGGCCAAAUGCGCCCAGCUGCUGGUGAGCAUAAAGCGUAAGCGACCAGAGGACCAGGAUGCAGACGGCUUCCAGAAAGUGUUGCACUUUGGCACUGUUGCUGUGGGCUGUACUGCCGAGAGGCAGAUCAAGCUAUAUAACCCGUCAGUGGUGAAAGCCCCCUUCAGGAUUGAAGUCUCCGCAGACCUGCUGGCUAAAGACCAUGCCUUCUCAUGCCCCACGGCUCAUGGCAUCGUGUCCCCAGGAGAGAAGAAAUGCGUUUCGGUGUUCUUCCACCCUGAGACUUUGGACACCAGAACUAUGGACUACUUCUCCAUCAUGCCUUCUGGCUGUGGCUCGCAAACCCAGCUCAAGGUCGUUGGUUUCUGUAGAGGUCCUGCUGUGUCCCUGGAGUACUACUGUGUCGACUUCGGCUGGGUGCAACUUGGGGAGCGCUCCUUGGUGCAGUCCCUGUGGAUUGAGAACAAGUCGGACUGCACGGCCCGCUUCCAGUUUGCCAUCGACUGCCAGGAGAGCGUCUUCAGCAUCAGGCCUGCCUACGGGACUCUGGUGGGCAAGUCACGCAUGACCCUGCACUGCGCCUUCCAGCCCACUCACCCCAUCAUCUUCUUUCGGCGCGUGGCCUGCCUCAUCCACCACCAGGACCCGCUCUUCCUGGACUUGAUUGGGACGUGCCACUCAGACAGCACCAAGCCCGCCAUCCUGAAGCCUCACCACCUUGCCUGGUACCGCACACAUCUGGCCCGGGGGCUGACACUCUACCCUCCUGACAUCCUGGGAGCUAUGCUGAAGGAGAAGAAGCUGCAGCGGGACAAGGAUGGGGCCCUCAUGAUUCCCAUAGAGGACCUGGGGACCAUGCCAGCCCCACAGUAUCCCUACAUCCCCCCAGUGACUGAAUACUUCUUCGACGGCACCAGGGACAUGGCCAUCUUCCCCCCACCCGUCAGUAUAGAGCCUGUUGAGGUGGAUUUUGGUGCCUGCCCCGGGCCUGAGGCCCCCAACCCUGUCCCCCUGUGCCUGAUGAACAACACCAAGGGCAAGAUCACCGUGGUCUGGACGCACAGAUCUGACUGCCCCUUCUGGGUAACCCCCGAAACCUGCGAUGUGCCCCCGCUGAAGUCCACAGCCAUGCGCCUGCACUUCCAGCCGACUUACCCCAACUGCCUCUACGCAGUGGAGCUUGAAGCCUUCGCUAUCUAUAAGGUCCUGCGGAGCUACAACAACAUCGAGGAGGACUGCACCAUGUGCCCGUCCUGGUGCUUGACGGUGCGGGCGCAAGGCCACAGCUAUUAUGCUGCCUUUGAGCACCACAUCCCCCAAUAUUGCCUGGAUGUCCCCAAGCUGUUUCCUGCGGUGCCUUCCUGUGAGCCGGCCUACCGCAGCCUGCUCCUGAUCAACCAAGGCUCCAUGCUGCUGACCUUCAGCCUGGCCCCCCACAGCAGCUCAGACAUCACCCUGCGGCCCCCUUCAGGCCUCGUGGCACCUGGGGCCCACCAGAUCUUCCUCAUCUCUACCUACCCCAAGGGCAAUUCCUGGAAGCAGCACAUUUUCUACCUAAAGUUCAACUUUUGCCCCUAUUAUCUCAAGGAGGUGAUCAUGCACAGCCGUGAGGAGCCACUGCAGCUGAAGCUGGACUCCUCCAAGAACCUCUACUUCAAGCCCACCUUGGUGGGCUGCUCCUCCACCAGCCCCUUCACCUUCCGCAACCCCUCGCGUCUGCCCCUGCAGUUUGAGUGGAGGGUCUCCCAGCAGUACCAGAAGAUGCUGGCUGUCCAGCCCUCCAGGGGACUCAUCCAGCCCAAUGAGAGCCUUACGCUGAUGUGGACCUUCAGCCCUAUGGAGGAGACCAAGUACCUGUUCCGAGUGGGGAUGUGGGUCUGGGAACCCAGCCUGCCCCUACGUGUCAAUCCGCCCCCCAACACCCAGUACAUGCUGCGGCUGGUGGGUGUGGGUGUCACCAGCAGCCUCUCUGCAAAGGAGAAGGAGCUGGACUUUGGGAAUGUGCUUGUGAACAGCGAGCAGUCCAGGUCUCUGCUCCUCCUGAACGAGGGCAACUGCACCCUCUUCUACCGCCUGCACCUGGAGCAGUGCAGCCCCGAGGUCACCGACGACCAACCCCUCGCUCUGCAGCUGGAUCGAACAGAGAGGAGCAUCCCGCCCCGCUCCCAGGACACUGUCUGCCUGACUGGCUGUCCCAAACACCGGGCCCAGUACUCCUGGAUCAUCAGCUACUCUCUCCUCUCCCACAGAGAUAACAAGGCUGGGGAAAAGCAGGAGCUGUGUCACGUCUCCCUGGUGGCCGUGUUCCCCUUACUCUCCAUCUUGGACGUCAGCUCCAUGGGCAGCACCGAGGGCAUCACGCGGAAGCACCUGUGGCGCCUCUUCUCCCUGGACCUGCUCAACAGUUACUUGGAGCGCGACCCCACCCCCGGAGAGCUCACCUACAAGGUGCCCACACGGCACAGCACAAGCCAGAUCCCCCCUGUCUUCACCCCCCUGAAGCUUGACUUCAAUUUUGGGGCAGCACCAUUCAACGCCCCACCCUCAGUGGUGCUCCUGGUGUUGAAGAACAGCGGAGUGGUGGCCCUGGACUGGGCUUUCCUCUUUCCAAGUGACCAGCAGAUCGACAUGGAGCUGUGGGCAGAGCAAGCAGAGUUUAACUGCACUGAGCUCCACCAUAUGCGUGUGCAGGACAACUGCAUCUUCUCCAUCAGCCCCAAGGCUGGGAGCCUGAGUCCCGGGCAGGAGCAGAUGGUGGAGUUCAAAUACAGCCACCUGUUCGUCGGCACUGAUCGCCUCCCAGUGCUCUUCAAGGUGUCCCAUGGCCGGGAGAUCCUGCUAAACUUCGUAGGCGUGACAGUGAAGCUGGAGCAGAAGUAUGUGCACUUUACCUCCACCAGCCACCAGUUCGUCCCUGUCCCCAUCGGUGAUACGCUGCCCCCACGGCAGAUUUAUGAGCUGUAUAAUGGUGGCUCGGUGCCAGUGACAUAUGAGGUCCAGACCAACAUCCUGUCAGAAGUUCAGGAAAAAAAUUUCGAUCACCCCAUCUUCCGCUGCCUCAACCCCAAAGGGGAGAUCCAGCCAGGCACCACUGCUCGGGUCUUGUGGAUCUUCUCACCCAUCGAGGCCAAGACCUACACGGUGGACGUGCCCAUCCACAUCCUGGGAUGGAACUCAGCCCUCAUCCACUUCCAGGGAGUGGGCUAUGACCCCCAUGUCAUGGGGAACACGGCCCCCUUCCACAACAUCUCUUCGUGGGACAACAGCUACAGACACUCUAGGCUGAUGGUUCCUGGACAGAAGGUCUUUCUGUCCCAGUCUCAUAUCUCCCUGGGAAACAUCCCUGUGCAGAGCAAGUGCAGCCGCCUGCUCUUCCUCAACAACAUCUCCAAGAAUGAGGCAAUUGUCUUCUCCUGGCACCCAAGGCCUCUAGACUUUGGGGAGGUAUCUGUGAGUCCCAUGGUAGGGGAGGUGGCUCCUGAAGAGAUGGUCCCAAUUAUGGUGACCCUGACAGCCUCAGUGAAUGCCAGCUUCUACAGUAUAGACCUGGUAUGCAAGGUGUACCCACAGGAACUCAUGAGGCAGUACCACAAGAAGCUGCAGGAGUGGAAGGACGAGAAGGUGCGGCAGGAAGUGGAGUUCACCAUCACAGACAGGAUAGUGAAGAAAAGAACAUGUGAUACAACCUGUGUACCUGUGAGGAAGUACAAGACACUGCCCCCCAUCAAGAAACAGCAGUCUCUCCACGAGCCUGUCAGCUGGAAACUGCAGAUCCCACAGGAGCAGCCGUUAUGGCCCUGCCCGCAGCCGCCGCCGCCAGGCAUGCUCUGCCUGGGCCUUACCGCCCGAGCCCACGCCACCGACUACUUCCUGGCCAACUUCUUCUCCGACUUUUCCAGCCACUUCUUGCACUGGGAGCUGCCAAAAAGGAAGGCCCCCAUAGAAGAGCCAGAGACUUCUGAGGAAGAGUCCCCCAACAAGUGGGGCCCUGUCUCUAAGCAGAAGAAGCAGCUGCUAGUUGAUUGUCUCACUACCAUCAUCAGGGGCCUCCUAGAGGACAAGAACUUCCAUGAGUCUGUGAACCAAAGCCUGGUGGAGCAGGUGCCAUACUUCUGCCAGUUCUGGAGUGAGCAGUCAGCCAGGUUCAUGUCCCAGAAGAACAGUCUGCAUGUAAUGCCAAUCCUGUCUUCAUCCACCAGCAGCUGGGAUGAAGAGAAAGACAAGCAGCAGGAGGAGGACACACCAGAGGAGGAGAGAUCGAGGCUGGGGAAGAAGGAGGGGGAGGAAGAGGAAGAGAAGGGUGAGGAGGAAGAAGAGGAGUUAGAGGAAGAAGAGGAGGAAGAGGAGGAGAUAGAAGAGAAGGUGGAGUUGGGCAAGAAGGAGAUAGAGCAGGAGGAGUGGGAGGAGAAGGAAGAGAAGGUGAUUUUUAUGGAGACUGAGCCCACGCUGCCGCCGGAGUCCUCAGAGUCAUCCCAGCAAUGGCAAUGGCAGCAGCAGCUGAAAGACAUGCUCAAGGAGGAGGAAGAACAGGAUGAGAAGGAGGCCAUCAGCAGGCUCCCAGCCUUCGCCAACCUGCGGGAGGCGCUGCUGGAGAACAUGAUCCAGAACAUCCUGGUGGAGGCGAGCCACGGGGAGGUGGUGCUCACCUCCCGGCCGCGCGUCAUCGCUCUGCCGCCGCUUAGCAUACCCAGGAUUCUGACCCCAGACAUGCUGCUUUCGACGCAGUGAGUGGAGGUACUUGACCCAGUGAUGCCACCUCCUACCGACCCUUUGCAGAUGAACAUGCCCAGCACCUCCGACAUGCCGCCCUAGGCUUCCCCCGGCCCCCUCUCCACUGCCCCGACAGUAAAGCAUCUAGCUUUCUUUCUGUA